CUUUUUGUACUGCUGUGCCUUCAAAAUGCCCAAACAAAGCAGAGUGGUAUGGUUUACUGGUGGCAGAAUCCACAAUGCGUCGAGCCGGAGUAUCAUCAUCCCCAAAAUCCAAUGCUCAAAUAAACCUUAUUUCAUACAAUUAUCCUGCAGCUUCGAUUGAUUCAUUGAGUCUUUCCCCCUCGAAAUCCAAUUCCGAUGAAUGAACCCUAAAAACCCCACCUCUCGACGAGGACUGCUCGGAUUCAUCUGUGAUCUCGGCUAAUGCCAUAGCCGAGAAUGAAGAUCUCUUGACACUAAUCUUAGUUUGUUCACCGGCGGAGUCCAUCAUUCGAUUCCAAGCCGUAUCUAAGAAAUGGCUCUCAAUCAUUUCCAGCCCCUCUUUCCGGCCGGUUGCACAACGGCGACCACUUCUUGCUCCGACCCGGAAUCCAUCGCCAGCGAGAGACGUCUUGAGGGGUUUCAUUCCUGCAAUGGUUUAGUGGUAGUUGCUCUAAGGCCGAUUCUUGAUGGCUAUAUGAAAUUUAUUGUGUAUAACCCUACUACUCGUCACCAUAAGGUUCUACCUCAGCUUUUUCUUCGUGAGUUUUAUGCUGCCCAGGGCUUCAGUCUGGUCAUUUGUCCUCAAACCAUUCGUAAAUUUGUGGGUCUGAAUAUUGCAUAUGAUCCUUUGCAAUCUGAUCGCUAUACAGUGGUGUAUGUUUGGGAUGAUGCUGAAGAUGAAUGGUAUAAAAUAGCUAUAUAUGUAUCUGAGACUGGGAAUUGGAAGGAUGCCAGCUGUAAACUUGAUUGCGGUCGUGGGAUUAUUUAUAGCCAUGGAAAAUUAUGGAAUGGAGAUCUUUAUUGGGUUAGUUUAGAGUUGUUCUCGGUAAGUCUUGAUAUAAAAAAGGGUUUUCGGAAGCCAAUCAAAGCUAGACUUCCUGAAGGCUUUGUCAUUGCCCCAGAAGAUGAAGAAUACGAUCAACACUGGCCUAAAUUAUUCUAUUUUGGGGUGAUCCGGGGAGAUUUAUGUCUUAUAGGACUGAAGGAACCUAAGCUGUUGUUUUUGAUGUUUUUGCCUUGGAGUCCGACUAUUCAAGAUGGAAUGUGAAGUAUUGUUUGGAUCUUUCCCAUCUAACUACCCUAUAUCCAUUAAUGAUAAGUACGGACAAUGAUCCUUAUGAAGAGUGGUUGGAUCUAUGUCUGAUUCGCUAUACUCAGCUGCUCUAUUUGUGAAGAAAGAG